AUGGCGGAAAAGGACUACUUUAGCUUCAAACAGGGCUACACUCUUGAAGACAAGUCGUCUGCAUUGGGUCGAUCGAAGAGUAGGUCAAAAUUGAAGCAGAAUACGUCAGGAAAUGGGGGUACACGUUCUUUUUCUCCGUCAAGACAAAUGGGACCGGUCCCGGCACAGCAGCCACGUAGUCCUGGCUACUAUACGGCAAACUCGCUGAGAAGCCCGUCUGGAAAUCAGGGCUACUCCCCAAUGAGCACUAUGAAACUUAACACCAGCGGUUUGAAGCACGCCAUGAAUUUGGUUUCACCGUCAUCUGGGGCACCUUCAGCCCGUCCCAGCCGCAACCCAUCAGUUUCAGGUGCUUCUGGCGUUAGACAGGGCUCUCAGGGAGUGCAGGGAACUCCUGGAGCUGGGCUGGUUUCCCCAGGGCGCCAGAGAGCUCGUUCAACAUCCAUCGGCAGUAGUUCUCAUGGAAAGAUGCCAUCAAUGCUUCACUUGGAAUCUAACGUAACGCCUACACUGGUGAUGCCCCCAAAGGUGGCGUCGUUGAACUCACAGAGCACAUCAAUGCUGAGUUCACCUCAAAAUCAGCUUACAGCCAGCGGCAUUAGCUCAACGCAAAACACAAGCUCUUCUUCACUACAUCAUGAUGGUGAUUCCUCGUCCUCCUCAAAUAGAUCCUCCCACGGUGCGAGCUCCUCGUCUGUCCUUCGUUCUUUUAAUCCUAUGCAAAAACAGUAUGUUUUGAAUGAGGAGCUAUACUUGAAUCGAAUGAAAAACAGCAACUUAGACGAUUACUACACCCGCGGAAUCGCAGCAGCUGCCCAUGAUGACGAUGACGAUACAGACACAGAGGCCGAGGCCGAUGAAAUAGAGGGCGAGGAUGCGACCUUUGGAACGAACUUCUUCACGACUACAGAUAAGUCCGGUGCACUGGCUUCUGAUGACGAGCUCGUUAGAAUGAGCUCCCACUUUUUGCUUGAUCGUAUGGAUUGGCUCAGAGAAGCUGAUCCGGAGAAUGCUGACGUAAUAGGACUAUUGGGAACCCGGCAAAAGAUUCCAUCAGGUCCUAGCAGCGGAACAACCACCCUUUCUAGGCCACUUGGCAAAGUUGAAGGUGACAGCUAUACGUACGUUCAACGGCUAAGCCGAAAUCCUCACGUAUUAGAGCGUCUUGAAUGGCAAACCAUGUUGGGCAAUGUACUGAAAGGCGAUAUUGUAAAAAGUGAAAAGAGUAAAAUUGCCAACCAUGUUGGUCGUGUGAACACUGGAGUACAGUAUGCUGAUGAACUCUGGCUAGAGUUAAAAGCUUGGAUGAAUUGCAGGUCAAUUGAAGAAGAAAAGAGAAGUCUGGAUUACCUGAGGAGUUCUACAGAUUUGUUUUUUGAAGAAAUCAUGAACUUGACUUUCGAAGACAAUGUAGAGGUCGAGUUCGCUGUUUCAACCAUGAAGCCUAUAGUAGAAAGAUAUCAUAAGGUCACGUCUUAUUGGAGAAACUCGCAGCACAUGUACAAGGAAAAGCCAGUUACCGGUCGCGAAGAAUUUCAACAUCGAAUCGCAGCAAUGAACACUUUUCUCACUUUGAAAGAAGCAUUUGAAUGCGAAUUUGAGGCUUUGAAAAAGUGGACGGGAAACGAAUCAUUGGACGUCAAGUUCACGUCUACAUCUAACGAUAUCGAGGGCGUUUAUAAAAACGAGCAACCUUUCGCAGAACAGAUCAUGAAAGAAAGGGAUAUUGAGAGUAUUUUCCAAAAAAAACUUUUCUAUCGCCAUGCUCCGUGGAUUCUAAAGGCCAAGGUUUCUAUUCUCACGUUUUCUCAAACCGUGAAAGAAAUGAACAUUCCUCUUUUGCACAAAGAACUUGAAAUACUUCUUAUGUUUCCAUUCAAGCUUGUCAAAGAGAUCAUAUUGAUUCGUCUGGAAUAUGCCAAAAAGCUCAAUAACCCGACAAUGAUGAUGAUCGAUCAAAUGAUAGACGAUUUUAACUCAUAUGUUAGGUUAUCGGUGCAGAUUAAACAUACGGUUGUGUUAUACUGCUCUGAUUGGGAUUUCUCAACGCAUAUUGAUGCCGACUUCGACCAAACCGUGAAUGAGGCAAUCGGCUAUCUAUUCAAGUUGCUGCACCUAAAACUCAUCGAUAGUGCUAAUAAAUCUUUCAAAACCUUCAAGGAACCUGAUGAGCUCUUACCUUACUGGGAUCAGCUAAAGAAUGUUGGCUGCUUCAUUGAGGGGGCAGGGAAUGUUGUCGCGGAGGGCUUCUCAAACCUUACUUUACGGUUAUUAAAUCGACUUCAUUCUUACAUCCUACGAGAACAAAACCAGCCUCCCCGCUUUGAAAGGGAAGUUGACGCUGAAAAAUGGCUCAUUCAAGCGAUUGAAAAUAUGGGGUCCGUCAAGCGUAAGAUAAACAGAUUUUCCAAUGUUCUCACCAAAGCUUUUCAAAAUUCCGUUCAUUACAAAGUCAACGAUAAUCAAGAGUUACUCAAAAACUUGAAAGACAGUGGCCACUUUCUUCUCUACACUGGAGGUGACUUAGAGGCUAAUGGGAUUUACCUAUUCUGCAGCGGUGAGCUACUCGGGUGCUCUGAUGACCAGGUAAUGCAAAUACUACAAAAUUCGCUUAUUGGAUCCGACCUGCUCUCCAAGGUCGAGAUAAAGAACAGUUUGAGUGUCUACAAUGCUCUCGAAAGUGGCUGGGACCAAAAUGCUUUACUUUUUCAGAGUUACGGCGCUAACGCCGUCUCUUAUUACCAAGUUCAACCAGAGUCACAUAAUAAGAAUUCAUUUGUUAGAUAUCGCCUUGGCGGUAACCAGCGAGGCGGCAUCGAGGUCGAUGACUUGAAGAGUGAAGAAACCGAGAUGAUUGAGCUAGAGAUGAAGUUGAAAUCUCUAGGUUAUAUCGUUGCCUACUGUCCUAAUGAUCCUAUCUUAUGGGAAGGCGAGAUGCUCAAUUUAUCAUAUGGCCUAGUUCUUAUGACUGAAGACCUUGACUUUAAGCUCUCUAAUGACUGUUUGGUACUCAUGAAUCAAGGAUCGACUUACGCACUGGAAUAUCAAUGUGACAAAUUUCAACACUUUGUCGGAAAUGCUGUGUCCUUCAAUGAGCGAAGGUGCUCAACGAGAAACGUUGAAAAUACCCUUCAGAAGAUAAACAAAGCAUACUUCAGAAUCACUUACACUGUUCUAGCCAACGUAGAAAAGAUCAUCACCACCAUUCAAAAAGAUUAUCGAGGCAAUGAAACAUUAAAUAAUCUGUUCAUCUUCUGCCGGGACUUUGCGCGGAAUUUCUUGAGAGUGAAUGUGGCAACUUUUGAGAAGAAAUCAAUGAUAAUCCUGAUGCUUAUGAAGAUCAGCGUCAGAUGGAUCACAUUUAUGGUAGAUGAUUGCGAUCCAACAGAUCUCCGCACCUUCAAAUGGUGUGUACCCGCCAUGGAAUUUGCAAUGCAAAUGACAACUGGGUGGAAUAUCCUCGGACUCGAUCAACAGCAAUUUUCGGUGUUGCAGGAAAGGAUUUCUGGAUGUAUGUCUUUGUUGAUCUCACAUUUUGAUAUAAUGGGCGCUAGAACUUUGAAGACAGAACCGGCAGCUCAUCCUCAAGUGAGGUCGAAGAUUGGUGCCUGUGAAGGGGAUGAUGACUCAAUUCUGUCUGUUAAUUCAAAAGUACGGCUCGAGGCGAUUCACGAGCUUGAACAGCGUGUUUCAGGAAACCCUCGUCAAAUCGGAAAGGUUUUGGACGAGUCUGAUCAGGAUAACCAGUACUUGCAAUCACUUGCUUCGUCACUGUCUAAUGUUACAAUUAGGUGGCAAAAAAGGCAUUUUAUUGGUGGUGGUGCAUUCGGAACAGUCUCUUCGGCCAUUAAUCUUGAUACCGGUGAAAUUCUGGCGGUAAAGGAAAUCCGGAUUCACGACCGCAAUACCAUGAAACAAGUGUUUCCAGUAAUAAGGGAGGAAAUGAAGGUCUUGGAGAUGUUAAACCAUCCCAACGUUGUCCAAUAUUACGGGGUUGAGGUUCAUAGAGACAAGGUCAAUUUGUUUAUGGAGUACUGUGAAGGUGGAUCCCUGGCUCAACUUCUGGAGCAUGGAAGAAUCGAGGACGAAAUGGUCACCCAGGUGUAUGCUUUACAACUUCUCGAAGGGCUUGCGUACCUGCAUCAGUCCAGCGUAAUCCACAGGGAUAUUAAGCCUGAAAACAUUCUUUUAGACUUCAAUGGGGUGAUCAAGUACGUGGAUUUUGGCGCAGCAAGAUCAUUGGCAGCUAAUGGAACAAAAGCCCCCAAUAAUGCUACCGAGAAGCAAGGAGAUGGAGCUAAUAGCAUGAUGGGAACCCCAAUGUACAUGUCGCCAGAGGCGGUUACAGGUGCAGAGAGAGGCAAGUUUGGUGCUGGUGAUGUUUGGUCCCUGGGCUGUGUUGUUCUGGAGAUGGCCACCGGCCGGAGGCCCUGGUUCAACUUAGAUAAUGAAUGGGCCAUCAUGUACCACGUUGCAGCGGGUCAUAUCCCUCAAAUGCCCUCUAGGGAAGAGAUAUCAUCCCAGGGUACUAGGUUCCUGCGUCGUUGCCUAAAGCAAAAUCCCAACGACCGUUCCACUGCGAUGGAAUUGCUGAGAGAUCCAUGGAUGGUUGAGAUCCGUAAGCUGGCCUUCGACGAAGAUUCGUCAGGCACUGUUUGA